AUGGUUGCCCUUAUUGCGUAUGUUAUCGUGCUUGGGGUCGCCGCACUUUUGACGUUUCAGUUCUUCGGCGGCAAACGUGGUGGUGGAGCGCCGGGGGACUGCAGCCGCGGUCUUGGCUUCUUCUACCCAGCGGGGAGCCGGGGGCGCAGGCGGCCGUUGGACCCGUUUCUCUUAUCCAUGGAUGCGCCGCAGGCGGAGUUGUUGUCGUUCCUUCAGGAGACGUGCUGCGUGCUUCCCGUGAGGGGGGAGUCGGUUCGCAUGCUGCUGGGACCCACAGAAUUCUUUGAGGAGCUUCAGAAACGCGUGCGGGCGGCGCGUCGCAGCAUCGUCAUGUCUGCCCUCUACGUUGGCGACGGCCCACUCGCACGGCAAUUCGUCGCGUGUCUCGAAAGCAAAGUUGAGGAGGCAGCGCGUGCGGGGCGACCGUUUGACAUUUGCCUCCUCCUCGACCACAACCGCAUGAACGACCGCCACAACCUUCGCACGCUGAAGCAGCUGCUCACCCUCGCCCACACCACCAGCGGCGCCACCGGUGUUGACAACCGGGCGCUGGUGCGGGUGCGUCUGUCACUCUUCCAAACGCCGUCGCGUUGGAACCGUCUCUUUGCGCCCUUUGGCCGCGUGAAGGAGGCGCUGGGUGUGCAGCACACGAAGAUAUUUUGCUUUGACGGCCACGACACCAUCUUAACCGGCGCCAACCUCUCUGACGACUACUUCUCCACACGUAUGGACCGCUACGUGUUGGUUGAAGACAACGCGCGGGUCGCUGCCUGGUUCUCCGACCUUGUCCAGACGUUGUGUCGCAUGUCGUACCGUGUUGUGUGCCGGAAUGAGUUUGCCAGUGGCUGCCACGUUAACUCCAACAAUGAUGGGGGCAACACUCAUGAGGAUAAGACUAACAGUAAUAAUAAUAAUAAUAAUGGUGGUGGUGGUGGUGGUAGGAUUAGCAGCAGCGGUCUCAGGACGAGCAAGCUGGGCGACGGCCCCACGCUGCACAAGAAGAGCGACCUCGUUGUUCUUCCCAACACUGCGGGACUCGAUCCAUCGUUGCAGAGCGCUGCCUUCAGCGUGCACGCCACGCAGUUGUUAGAGGAGUUUGCCGCCCGAGCCGUUGCGGCCGCGGAGGCCCUGCCGCCGGAGACAGACUGCGACACCUUCCUCUUUCCGACCGUGCAGUGGGCGGGCGCGAAUGUCUUCCACGACUCUCUCGUUGUGCAGCAGCUGCUUCACAAGGCCCCGUCGACCACGCGGAUUUACCUCACCUCCCCCUACCUCAACCUCUACUCCCAGUUUGUGGACGAGAUGCUGGCGAGCGAGACGCGGUACGAGUUCAUCACGGCAAGCGUCACUACGAAUGGGUGGCGUGGGGCUAAAGGAUUUGCGGGCUACAUUCCCUACUUUUACCUGCAGCUGGAGCGGGCCUUUUACUAUCUGACGCGGGAGUACGGCUGCUCCGACCGGGUGCGAGUGCGGGAGUUUGGUGUCGGUGGAUUGACGUUUCACGCGAAGGGCGUGUGGUUUGUGGAGGAGGAGGAGGAGGAGGAGGAGAAGGACGCCGGCUGCGCAGAUGCAUGUGAGGCCGUGGGGAAAGGCGUAAAGGCGCCGUACCUCGUCGCCUACGGGAGCACGAAUUACGGCUACCGCUCCGUGCACAAAGACGUGGAGGCGGAGGUGUUUCUCUUCACUGCGAACAACGCCCUUCGCGAGGCGCUUCGCAACGAACUUUUGUUCCUGCUGCGACAGGUGACGCUCGUGACGGAGGAGCGCUUUGUGCGUGGGGCGCAGGGCAGCUUCCAGCCGGUGGUCUCGCUGCUCGCGCAGAUGGGGCAGGAUUUUCUCUGA